CUCUUUUCGCCUUCUUUGAUUUCUUGACACUAUUUUAAGAUAAAAGUUGAACUUUGGAAUAGACGAGAAACACGCAACAAGAAACACAAUUGUUAUCAAAACAGAUACGUCGAGAAAGCACCAGAUAAGAGAAAAAGUUCAAGAAACAAAACGCAACGAGUAUAUUGUAGAUCAAGUUUAAAAUAUAGAGAAGCGCGAACUUGUUUCCUCUUUCUAAUUGGUCGCCAUGUUAGAUCCGCAAUGACCCGCGUUGUUCAAAUGUGAUUCAAAUAUGGUAUUGAUAUGAAGUUUAAACGAAUAUAUUAUUAUUUCUUUUGACCACGUAAGUAGAAAUAUUUUUUCUGUGUUAUUGAGUAAAGUGCCUAUUUAUUCAAAAUGAGAAUAAUAUCGAAUCGAGAGAAUUGGAAUCGAGCAAUAAUAAUCGGAUUCUACAAAAUGCUUACUGCAUAUACGAAGUGAUGUAUAUUUUUCAUACUUCUUUAUUAAAUGUUUUGGAAUAUGGUCUACAGGUGGAAAUCUAAAAGAUAAAUUUUUAUAAGUACCAUUAUUGUGAUUAAUUAUACGAAUUAUUUCAUUUGUACAUAUACCGAUGAAAAGUUAAAGCAGUGUUCGGGGUCCAUAUGGAUUUACAAUUGUUUAUUACACAAUAGCGCACCAUUUCUUAAUUUUUAAUUAACAAAUGUUUUCAAAAACUUCUAUCUCGUAGAAAUAGGAAGUUACACUGCAUGACAUUACCGAUGUCUUUGGUAAAGUUUUUACAUCGCUAGAGAGAGACGAAGAUUCACCCACCAACACAGCGUGUCAUAUCACAGGAUUAAUAGACAGAUAGCCAAAGGCCCGGGUUAAGGCGAGACCAGCAUUUCCGUACUUCGAUUAUCGACACACUUUGCCCUUUACCGACAGACUCAGUGAGAAAUGCUGGUCUCGCCUUAACCCGGGCCUUUGGCUAUCUGUCUAUUAAUUUGUGGUCAUACACUCACUGAUUUUACACUACACAUACAACAAUUGUCUCAUUGGUCGCUACCAAAAAAAUGACAAUGCGCAGAAGGGAUCGACGCAAAGUCAAACAAAUGACAGAGUGCCCAUACUAGUUAUACUAUGCUGUCAACUGUUCUGAAUUGCAGUUGGCAGCAAUACGCUUGCUCUAGAGAAAAGAAGCAUAUAUCACUAUACGGAUACAGUGGGAUACAGGUUCCAUGAUUGACGCAGACGGAUAAAAUAAACGCUGUUGAGAAAUCAAAUCAACGAACCAAAGAAGUGCAAAACGAAGACUUCAAAAUACUGUGCAAAACUAAUCGUCAAAAAUGAUUGCCAGGGACUGUCAUAUCGGAAUAUGUGCGCUUCUGGUCAUACUUUCAUUGUUUGUAGAAACAGCGGUGACCUUGGAUUGCUAUCAAUGCUCAUCAGAAACUGAAUGGAAAUGUAUGGACGGUGAAUUGGUUGAAAGUUUUUUGAUGCCAACUAAUUGUAGUCAUAUUUAUGACGCGCGUUAUUGCGUCAAAUCGAUUGGCCGCUAUGGAGGUGGUAUCGGUACAAAACGAUUUUGCUCGCCUGUGCAUAUGGGAAACUACUGCGACUACGUGAAGCAGCCAGGUGACAAGCUGACUUAUCGUACCUGCGUGUUUACAUGUUCCGGCGAUGGAUGUAACUUGGCCAUAUCUUCUUUGCCAAAUACAAUUUAUACAUGGAUCAUGCCCAUGAGCUCAUUGAUAAUCUGGAGAAGCCUGUUUUACACGUAGACAAUUUUUUAUGGUUUCGAUAGACUUACCAAUUGUUUGAAAGCCUGCCGAAUUUUUAAUGUACAUUUAUUGUUGCAGUGAGUCUCAUGUAUAAUUCUUCCUUUUCAGUCAAUUCAUUCUCAAUAACAAAUUAUGUUGUACUUUAAUUACGUUUAAUAUCUUUAGUUUUACUCGGCUAAUAGUAUUCCAAAUAUCACACAGUACGAUGCUCAGAUGGAUGUUCAAUUUGAGCAAUUCGUUGCCUGAAUCUCGAAUCACAUUUUUAUAUUAAUUUUCUUGUUGUAACUAAAUAAGUAAUUUUCUUUUGACGAUUUAUUAUACUUAGUAAUUCUCUUAUAUGAUUCCUUAGAUAGAUUUAUAUAAAUAAUUUACAAAUACAAGAUAUCUCUUAUCGAUAUAUGACAAUACGUAAUCUCGAUAUAUGCAGACUUCUUAUGGAACCUUAUAUGUAUUUAUUUUACUUUGGACAUUAUAAUGACACAUUGUUUUACUUUUGUAAACUACAAUAUUUUAAUUAUUUUUUGAGUUAUGAAAUGAUUGACCCAUAAUAAAUUUUUAUUACUUUGUGCAAUUUUUAUGCGAUUAAAUUAUAUCAAGCUAUAUUGGACUGAACGUAAAGUCUUUUACAUUCAAAAAUCAAAUCAUUGAUUUCAGAAAAUUGUUAAGUGUUUUAUAACUUUUCAUAUGAUGAUGAUAAUAUACAUAUUAAAAUAUG